AUGGUCCUAGCUGUUCUACUGUCCUUAUCGUCACUGGCAGCGGGGGCGGCGAUCGAGAAGCGCGCAGUGCCAGCCGGCUAUGUCGCUCCCCCAGCAUACCCAGCACCGCACGGCGGAUGGGUUCCGGAAUGGAGCGACAGUUUCCAAAAGGCUGCACAAGUUGUAGCAGGCCUGACUCUGGCUGAGAAGACGAACCUCACCGCAGGGUCUGGCAUAUUCAUGGGACGGUGUGUUGGGAACACAGGAAGUGCAUUGAGAGUUGGCAUCCCCCAACUUUGUCUCCAAGACGGUCCGCUGGGAGUCCGCAAUACCGACCACAACACGGCAUUUCCAGCGGGCAUCACGAUUGGUGCCACAUUCGACAAAGAUCUCAUGCGCCGUCGCGGUGAGGCACUGGGUGAAGAGUUCCGAGGAAAAGGUGUGAAUGUCUACUUAGGACCGUCUGUAGGACCUCUUGGUAGGAAGCCUCUUGGAGGCAGAAAUUGGGAGGGUUUCGGUGCGGAUCCUGUGCUCCAGGCGUACGGUGCUGCCCUGACCGUCGAGGGUGUUCAAAGCAAGGGUGUCAUCGCCACUAUCAAGCACUGGAUCGGAAACGAACAGGAAAAGUACAGGAUGUACAGCAUUAUCCAAGAUGGAAUCUCUUCCAAUAUCGACGACAGAACUCUGCAUGAGCUUUACGCCUGGCCAUUUGCUGAAGCCGUCCGUUCUGGCGUUGGCUCGGCAAUGGUUGCCUACAAUGCGGUUAACGGAUCAGCAUGCUCGCAAAAUGCGUAUCUCAUCAACAACAUCCUCAAAGAUGAGCUUGGCUUCCAAGGCUUCGUCAUGUCGGAUUGGUUGGCUCAAAUUUCUGGCGUGCCCUCUGCUCUUGCCGGACUGGACAUGUCAAUGCCUGGUGAUAUCCAUACUGUUCCGCUCGUCACUGCCCAAUCUUACUGGAUGUAUGAGUACUCGAGAUCCAUCUUGAACGGCUCUGUUCCUGUUGACCGGUUGGAUGACUCUGUAACCCGCAUUCUGGCAGCAUGGUAUCAGAUGGGACAGGACAAGGACUAUCCCCCGCCCAACUUCUCCGCGAACUCACAGGAUGCUGAAGGACCCCUUUACCCUGGAGCUGAACCAGGCUCACCCAGAGGAGUCAUCAACGAGUUUGUGGACGUCCAAGGAGAUCAUGCAGUUGUUGCAAAGGAAGUAGCUCGAGAUGCCAUCACCCUGCUGAAGAAUGUCAACGGCACCUUGCCGUUAUCUCGCAGCGCAACCCUGAAGGUCUUCGGAACGGAUGCGGAAAAGAAUCCCGAUGGCAUCAAUUCUUGUGCGGACCAAGGUUGCAACAAGGGUACACUUGGCAUGGGCUGGGGUAGCGGCUCUGCUCGCUAUCCGUACAUGGACUCGCCCAUUGAUGGGUUUAAGUCUCGUGGAGCCAACUACUCCUUCUACAACAGCGACUCUUUUCCGUCAAACUCGAAUCCUUCGGCAAACGACGUCGCGAUUGUGUUUGUCACUGCGGAUUCAGGAGAGAAUUACAUCACAGUGGAAGGCAAUAACGGUGAUCGAGACAGCUCCAAGCUGAACUUGUGGCAUAAUGGCGACAAACUGGUGAAGGAUGUUGCUGCUAAGUAUUCUAACGUCGUAGUGGUUGUGCACACUGUGGGCCCUAUACUCAUGGAGCAAUGGAUUGAUCUGCCUUCUGUCAAGGCCGUUCUCUUCGCGCAUUUGCCGGGUCAAGAAGCUGGCGACAGCUUGAUGCAAGUCCUCUACGGCGAUGUCUCGCCGUCAGGUCAUUUGCCUUACACAGUCCCGAAGUCGGAGGACGACUACCCCAAGAGUGUAUCGCUGGUUAGCGAUGUCGUUCUAGUUCAGCCGCAGGACACAUUCACCGAUGGUCUAUAUGUUGACUACCGACACUUCAAUAAAGAAGGCAUCACGCCACGCUACGCCUUUGGAUACGGCCUCAGUUACACAACGUUCUCCUUUUCCGACGCAACCAUCACGCCAGUGACAGCAUUGACUACUACGCCUCCGUCGCGUCCCGCAAAAGGCAAAACUCCAACCUACUCCACCAACAUCCCGGCAGCGUCAGAAGCAUACUGGCCAGACAAUUUCAACGCCGUUUUCCGGUACAAGUACUCGUUCCUAGCCAAGAACGACGCCGACGCUGCCGCUAAGGUCGGAAACUCGACGAAGAAAUAUCCCUACCCCGCCGGGUACUCAAACGUACAGACGGCUGGCGUUGCAGCUGGUGGUGCGCAAGGCGGUAACCCAGCUCUCUUCAACACCGCAUACGAUAUCUCUGUCACGGUUAAGAACACCGGAAAGACAGCCGGGAAGGCAGUUGCUCAGCUCUACGUGCAAUUCCCUACCGGCAUCUCCUUCGACACCCCGAUCAUUCAGUUGCGGGACUUCGAGAAGACGAAGGAGCUGGCUGCUGGUGAGAGUCAGGUCGUCAAACUGCGUGUCACCCGCAAAGACCUCAGCGUGUGGGACGUCGUGAGCCAGAACUGGGUCGUCCCGAACGUGAGCGGGGACUACGGUAUCUGGAUUGGAGAUGCGAGCGAUUCGUUGAAGCUGAGGUGUGGUACAAAGGCAGCCACGUGCGUGGGGGGUCAGACGAGCCCAGUCUAG